AUGAAUAUUGGAUCACUAUUUAAAAAUCUGACUAAUUAUCAAUUCCCAUAUUCUAUUGCAUCUGAACCAUAUCAUACUACUCCAUUAUGGGAAUUAUAUGAAGGCAAACGUAAGACUGAUUCAGAGCCAGUGACUAUCUUUAAAGGCAGACUCUCUUCCACUAACAAUACCCAUAAUGCUAAUAUAAGAUUAUCUAUGACUUCCGAGCAAGAUUUGAAAAGACUUGUUUCACAUGCUGCUUAUAUGAGUAAGGUCAUUAGAGUCCCUGGUAUCUGUUCUGUAUUGGAUGUGUUUGACGAAAGGAAUGGUUCAAAUGACAUUUUUGUGGUUACUGAAGUUGUAAAGCCUUUACAGCCACAAUUGAUAUCUAAUGCAGUCAAUUCUCAAGGGAUUUUACUUGGUCUUUUUGAUUUAUUCAAAUUGUUUGGUGUCAUUGAUCCCUUAUUCAUUAUAGGGAAUCUCUCAAUAAAUAAUAUUUACGUAGACAAAAAUGGGAGAUGGGUAUUAUUUGGUUUGGAAUGUUGUUUUAACAAAUCUGAUGACAAAUUUGAUUCUUUCCAAUUUAAAGACCAUAUUAGACUUUGGAAUCAAAUUUGUAAUAGUAAUGAUCAAAACACUCUGUUCGAUUUGGAGGACUUAUCCAAUUCAACCGAACCCCACUUAAUAGAUAGUAUAUUAUUGGGCCAUUUAAUCAACCAGAUAUAUACGAUAUCUGGUAUUAGUGUUCCCAAGGAUCUGCAAUCUUUGAUCAGAUCAAUGAUUCAAGGUACAUUAUCAAUGAAAAGAUUUAUUCAACAAGUAGAAGCUACUAAUUUAUGGACACGCAAUGAACUAUUAUUCAUAUAUAACGAAUUAAAAGAGUUGCAUAUUAAAACAGAUAAAGAUAAAUUGAUUUUGAUGAAACGAUUUGAAAAUUACUAUGUUGGAUGCCAUGAUAGAAAACAGUUUCAGGGAUUAACCACCGGUUUCAUUGAAAAUCUGAUUAUACCUGAGAUUGUGAGUACUCUAAAGUGGAUUAUGUCAAUUGAUAAUGGAUUGCAAAUGUUCAAUGGUGAUUUAAUUAAAUUGUUAACGAUUUUAUUAGAUUUAAUUGCACAAUAUCAUCCUGUCUCAUCGAAUUCGGAUACGGUCAUCAUUAACAAUGAUAUUAAAGAGUUGAUAUAUCUGUUCUUUAAAGCUAAUGACAGACAAAUUAGAUUUAUUUUAUUGAUCUUUUUGCCUAAGCUACUUGAUUGCUUGCCGACCAAGACUUUGGAUUUCAGUAAUAGAUGUUUCACAUUUUUCUUACAAGGUAUGCUAGAUACCGAUAAAGUAUUAAGGUUACAGACAUUGAAGACCAUCCCAUAUAUCUUAGAAGAGAUCACAGAGAGGCAAUUAAACAAUGAGAUAUUAAGGUCUAUUGCAAAAACCCAGGUGGAUCAAGAAGAAGAUAUAAGAACAUGGACAGUAUUUGUUUUAAUUAAAAUAUCACAUAGAUUGACAGGUAUAAAUAAUAGAGACAGUGUUUUAGCCACAAUUUACACUAAAUCGUUAAAAGAUCCAUGUGUUACUACCAAAAUGGCUGCAUUGUAUGGUUUAGAAGUUAGUGUUGAUUUGUUUAACGUGGAAGUGAUAGCUAAUAAGAUCCUUAGUGUUAUUGCGCCUGGUUUACUGGAUAAAGAUAAAAUUAUAAGAAUGAAGGCCAAGGAAUUGUUCAGUAUAUAUUUAAAAAAAUUGGAAACUGAGGCAGAUUUAAAGUUUGCAAGCAGUAGUGGGGAAAAUGCAGAGAGCGAAGAGAAAGAUAUCGGUAAUGAUACUAGUGUUAUUGAUAAUUAUAUAAGAGAAUUUGAAUCGACAAAUGCAGACACAGAUAGAAAUAAAGCUGUGGAUAGUAUUAUUGAAGAAUUCAUGAAUGGCUUAAAAUCAAAUAAAGAUGAAAAUGGAUUUUAUGACUAUCAAGAAGAUAAUUCAUAUGCAAAGGGGUUUUUUUCCAAUGAAAAAACAUUCAAUAAUAUAUCUACUACUGUUACAAAUAAUAAUCAUGACAACAGUUGGAUAGAUGAUUUUGAUGAUUGGAAUGAACCUACCAGACCCUCUCAUUCAAUUAAUAAAAAACCAUCCAUUUUAAACAAUUCAAAUAUUAACAAUUCAAUGCAGAAACUAACGAUAACAAAUGAUGGUACUACAUCAAAAAAAAAUACCGGAAUUUUAGGAAACAUUCAAUUGAAGAAUAGUAAGGCAGCAAAAAAAAGGUCUAUAUUAAAUCAAAGCAAUGCUAACAAAGCUAAAUCAAUUUUAGGCAAUAACAGCAUAAAAUCAAAGAAGACUUUAAUAGCAACUAAGUCAUCUAUAACAAGAAAGGUAUCCAAUGAGGAAGAGUUUACAGAACAACAAGAACAGCAAUUUGACGAUGCAUGGGAUGAUGAUUGGUAA